GUGGCCGCUCGCUUGGCCGAGCUUGAGGUCGAGUGUCGCAAACUUUCUACAACUUUUGGAUUGUUGCUGUUUAUUUUCUUGUGAGACUGUGUGUCGUCACCAGUCCAUUCAUGCCACUUGUAUCCAGUGUCGUCAUCCUUUGAUGUGUUGUUGUGUUAGAUGGUCGCCAACACAGUUUUGACUGUCUAGCCCAGCGAUCCGUCGUCUUUAUUCUUGGCGUGGACCAUUCUUUGUUCGCUACACACUGUGAGGCGAGCGAGUGAACACCGUGUGUGACUAUACCAGUGUUGUGGUGUGCUCGCGUGUUAUGACGCGGUGUUGUUGACAUUUUUCCCGAGGAUGUAAUGCGGCCGGUGAGUUGACCAUGUCCAUCCCCCACCGUGCCCAGCGCCAACACUGCUACCUGUGUGACCUGCCCCGCACACCAUGGGCCAUGUUACACGACUUCUCCGAGUCGGUGUGUCGUGGCUGUGUCAACUAUGAGGGCCCGGAUCGUAUCGAGAUGAUCAUAGAGGCGGCCCGACACAUGAAGAGGGUCCACGGCUUUCAGGACCCGGCCCGCGGGCCAGUGCUCAACGGGGUCAGUAAGGCCCACGGUGGCCCGCCACGGACUGGACCUCCGACCACUGGCCCCCAAGACGUCCACCCUCACUCCUCCAUUCCUCUAGACGCCUCCAGACUGUCCGGCCCUCAGCACCACCUGCCCGGGCCCAGCCACCCCCCGCCUCACGCCCACCACCCCGACCGGUUCCUAGAGAGGAGGAGCAUGCUGGAGAUGACGUCACUGGCCAGACUGCCCAACGCUUUCAUCCACCCUCGCCCGGGGGACGAGCACUUCACGGAGCUACACCACAGGGGGAGCCCGCCCCGGGCUGGCCUGCCGCUGCUGCACCCCAUGAAUCACACCCGCCACAGCGCCCCUCCCCAACCCCCCCUCCUGCAGAUGAGGCGAGAGGAGGAGGAGGAGGGCCCUGCUGCUCACGAGGACAAGUACAGCUCGCUGGAGGAGGCUGUCCAGAAGAAACCGUUGGUCCGUGACACGCUCAACACACUGGCCGCCUGCGUGCCCUUCCAGAUCCGGCUCAGACAGGACCACAUGCUCAUUGGUCGAAUGUUCGCCUUUGACGUCAGUUUCCGCUGCCCGAAUGACCUUGAACUCAAGUAUUUUGUGGAGUAUCCCAUUGGUUCAGGCACUGUCCACAACUCCAUCGCCAGCCUGGUCAAGCUCAUGUGUCACGACACGGUCAAGGACCUGGGCAAAGGUCAGUCGUCGGGGCUGGUCUAUCUGGAGUACGAGCUGAAGCACGGCUGUGGUCAGUGGAGCAACCUGACCGAGCUCUUGACGGAGCCUGUCCGACACUUCAAGGACAGCCUCAAGCGGGACCUGCUCCCCACACCCUUCUUGGACAGCUGCCUGCCGCCCCUGCCCAGUCACCUUGGGCGGGUUGUGCCCAUGGCCAAACCUGACCCCCACCGGCUGUUUCUGGAGGGGGGCAGGAAGCGGAAGAGCUCCCCGGGGGGCGAGGAAGAUGAGCCGCACAAGCGCCAGCAGUGGCUCCAGAGUGAGGCUCUCAAGUUGACCAUCUCAUCAGCGGCCUACGGGCCUGGGCUGCCCAGCUCCACCUCCAUCUCACCACUCAGCAACCACAACCACACCCCCAGCCCGCCCACGGGGGGCGCCAACCCCGGCCCCUCCCCCAUGGCUUCACUCCUGACAGACACCCUGGUGUCCCCCACGGGCCCGGCAGAUCUGCUCCACGCCAGCCACUUGCUGCGGGCCCCCCACCACUCCCCCAGUGGCUCUAGGCGGGGCCCCCACCCCGUCUCUGACGCGGGGGUGGGCAGCACGAUGCCAGAGUCGACCAGCGGUCUGGCACCGGACCUGCUCAAGUGCACGCUGUGCCAGGAGCGGCUGGAGGACACGCACUUUGUCCAGUGUCCCUCGGUGGCCGAGCACAAGUUCUGCUUCCCCUGCUCCAAGGACAGCAUCAAGCGGCAGGGGGCGGGCAGCGAGGUCUACUGCCCCAGCGGCAACAAGUGCCCGCUGUCCGGCUCUAAUGUGCCCUGGGCAUUCAUGCAGGGGGAGAUCAUCACCAUCCUGGGGGAGGACUACAGCGGCCCCACCGGCGGCACGGGGGGCGUCCACUGCAUCAACAACCCCAAGGACGUCAACAUCAAGAAGGAGAGGGACUCGUAGGACACCCGGCUGAUCCGUGUCUAGCUGACCCGUGUCCAGCUGACCCGUGUCUAGCUGACCCGUGUCCAGCUGACCCGUGUCCAGCUGAUCCGUGUCUAGCUGACCCGUGUCUAGCUGACCCGUGUCUAGCUGACCCGUGUCUAGCUGACCCGUGUCCAGCUGACCCGUGUCCAGCUGACCCGUGUCCAGCUGACCCGUGUCUAGCUGACCCGUGUAGCCUAAGAGAACUGAGAGAUGACCCCAUCCCGCCUGCCGCCUGCUCCCACAGCAGACGUCAAGUGUAAUCUGAUUCAUUGAUAACAGAACUGGGUCAGCACACACCGUCAGGACUUACACGCCCAGGGCUAUGUUGUGUACCUGACCUCACCAAGUUCUAAUGUGUGGCAAGUUCUCAUCUAUGACAAGUUCUAAUGUGUGGCAAGUUCUGAUCUAUGACAAGUUCUGAUCUAUGGCAAGUUCUGAUCUAUGACAAGUUCUGAUGUGUGGCAAGUUCUGAUCUAUGACAAGUUCUGAUCCAUAACAAACACUCAGGAUUAACCAAACUCAACCUGUUUUAAACGUGUCUGUCUUGUUUGUCUUUCUUGUGUCUUCUGUCUGUCAUGUCUCGUUUGUGUCUUGUCAUGUCUCGUUUGUGUCUUGUCAUUGAUUGAUCAAAGCAUGUAUUUGAACUCUCUUGGGUGGGGGUUAAGAUAAGCCUAGGGGUCAAAGUUGAGCUGUUUGUCAGACUGGAAUGUUGGUCAGGUAUUCUAGUGUCCCGGGGCUUUAUGAUGGGGUGGGGUGGGUAACGGGAUUGUAGGAAAAAAAGUCACAGGAAAAAAAACACAGAAAAAAAGUCACAGGAAAAAAAGUAACAGGAAAAAAGUCACAAAUAUAUAUUUGCAUGAUAUUUGUUAUUACUUUUAUGUAUUAAAUAUUUAGAGAGUGCAAAUUAACUUAGGAUUAAUUAAAUGUAAUGUUAUGUGUGUAGGCUGUAUACACAUAGGAAUUUUUAUAAUUCAUCUAAAAAUAUUUAGUAUAAAGUAUGUAGAUUGUAAUUAUGUUAAAAUUAAGAUCAGUAGCAUUUAAUAGAAUGUUCCAAAGUCCACCGUUUUCAUCGUGUUUUUUUUAAAAUACCAACAUUAAAUUACCGUGAAAUGGUAGUUCAUCUGACUUGCUGCCCUCAACUCAUGGCAACAAUAGUUAUGUUUAGUUCAACCACCUUUACUGCCCAAAUUUAACACGCUCAUUACAUAACAAAACUUAGGAUCAAAACAGAACGCCGACAAGGUUCAAGGGCUGUCAACAACACAAAAUAUGUUCGGACAAUGCCUACUGAGGAGAGGCCGACCAGAGAAUAGCCUACGGCAAAAUUUGCCUAAUUUUUUUUAAUAAUUAACUUUUCUACCGUGUAUUUAACUAAAUACGUAACAAAAGUUGAGAUUGUUGUGUAAAUUAUCUUAGAGUAUUUUUACUUACAAUUGUUAUAAACCAUAAUGCUUUUAACGUUUAUAAAUAAUUUAUGCGAUAAAAAAUACAACCCACAACAAUAAACAUACACAAUUUUACAAUUUUAACAAAUAAAUCAAAAUAUUUCUAAAUAUUUUCUAAAAAGAUUUUUGUGACUUUUUUUCUGUGACUUUAUUUCUGUGACUUUUUUUUCCGAUAAAAUUUGUCCAUUGUGACAUUUUUCUGUGACUUUUUUUUUUUAGCAAUAACUGUGACUUUUUUUCUGUGUUUUUUU